CCGCUUUGUUUUCCUUACUCAUUAGUUUAAGGCAGUUUGUUUAAUCAUUCAAAACUCUUACUUAUACAACUCCAAACCAACAUCGUCUUACCUUUUGAACGAUAUGGGACAAACAAAACACAAAACUCCCUUCAUUUUUUCCAACCAAACCAAAAACAAAUGACUGAAUGAAAGAACUAAAAGCAAAGAAAUGGAGACACAACAACACCAGUCUUGGAAAUUGAGAUUUUCAUUCAAAAAUGCAACAAUUGUAGUUUGUUUGUUAAAUUUGGUCACUGCUCUUUUCUUGCUUCAAGGUUUUUUUUCUCCUUCCUCUUCUUCUCGUAGAUUUCCUCAAAAUCAUCCGAAUUCAGUUAAGCUUAGUUAUGCCAAGGAAUCUGAGGAGCUUCGAAGAGCUAUGCAACCAUUGGAGCUGAUUCGAAGAGUUAGGGAAAUUGAGCGAGAAUCAUAUACAGAGCCAGAGACAGUUCAACAUACAGAGACGAAGCAGACUGCUGCAGUCGAUCUGUCUAAGAGGUUAACCAAUGCCCGCACUUUUACUGAUGCAGCUAGCAUAAAAGCUUUGGAAGAAUGGCGGAAGCGAAAGAUGGAGCGUGCCAGACAACGGGAAAUGGGAAGAAACGCAACAGCUGCCUCUUAAGCAAUAUGAAUAUUACUUUCCUUCAAACCGGUCUUGUAAUCUUCUUAAGCAAUAUGAAUAUUACAUAUAGAAUUUGGAUGUCUAGCUGUCAAUUUUUCAGUAACUUUACGCGUAAACAGGUCUGAAGGUCCUUAAACUAUGCCAAAAGGAGCAGUUUAGUCC